CGGGAACAGGGACCGGGAACUGGGAAUAGGGACCGGAAACUGGGAACAGGCACCGGGAACCAGGACCAGGGCCCGGGAACAGGGCACUGGGAACCGGGCACCGGGAACUGGCACCGGCAUCGGGCACCAGGAUCCGAGAACCGGGGACAGGCACCGGGAAUCGGCACCGGGAACUGGCAGCAGGAACCGGCAUCGGGCGUCGCAGACCGGGCACCGGACAUCGACACAGGCCACCGGCACCUCCACCGAGGACCGGGCACCGGCUCCGGGCACCGGGCACCGGGAUCGGAUCGGGGAGCGGACACCGGUACUGGCCGCGGGGCCCCGCCGGGCAGGGAGAGGCGCCGGGGGAAGCGGGACCCCCCGCCCGGCCCCGCCCCGGCCCCGCCCCAGGCUGGCCCGGCCCGCCGGGGGCACCGGAGCUGCCCCGGUCCCUGCGCCGCGCUCCCCGAGCAGGCAGAGAUGGACACCUUCAGCACCAAGAACCUGGCCCUGCAGGCCCAGAAGAAGCUCCUGAGCAAGAUGGCCACCAAAACCAUCGCCAACGUCUUCAUCGACGACACCAGCAGCGAGAUCCUGGACGAGCUGUACCGGGCCACCAAGGAGUACACCCACAACCGCAAGGAGGCCCAGAAGAUCAUCAAGAACCUCAUCAAGAUCGUGAUGAAGCUGGGCGUGCUGUACCGCAACGGGCAGUUCAGCCCCGAGGAGCUGCUGGUGAUGGAGCGGUUCCGCAAGAAGGUCCACACCCUGGCCAUGACGGCCGUCAGCUUCCACCAGAUAGACUUCACCUUCGACCGCAGGGUCAUGUCGGGGGUGCUCCUGGAGUGCCGGGACCUGCUGCACCAGGCCGUCAACGGGCACCUGACGGCCAAGUCCCACUCCCGCAUCAACCACGUCUUCAACCACUUUGCGGACUACGAGUUCCUGUCGGCGCUCUACGGGCCCUCCGAGCCCUACCGCACCCACCUGCAGAGGAUCUGUGAGGGGGUCAACAAGAUGCUGGAGGAGGACAACAUCUGAAGGCUCUUGGCAGCCGGGCUCUGCCUCCCGGGAGGGUGGAGUGGGGUUGUUUGCCUGCUCUGAGCCCUUCCUCCUCCUCUGCAGUGCUCACUGGUUUUCCCCUCGUUUCUACAGGAGACUGAACACCUUGACUUUUGCCCACCCCUUGCCCAGGGGCUUCAAAGCCCUCCCUGCGCUGGGCCGAGUCCUCUCCAGGGGAUCCUGGGAUUUUGGGCUCCUGCUGUACAGUUUGAUUUCCUUUGCCCACCAAGUGUCCUUAGCUCGGAGUCCGAGGACUCUGAGCCUUGAACUCUGUCGUAACCCUCUGGGGGGAAAACCAAAGCAAAGCCUGGAGGUGUGUAACACCUCUGAAAGGGGUGUCUGAGCAGGUGGGAUGUUGCUGGUUGUGAGACCCCCUUCCUGGAGGGUUGUGGGGCUCCGUGGUUUUCCUUCAGCAGCUCCGUAACACCGUGGGAGCAAAUCAUGGUGCAGAGUUUUGCUGCCCGGGAUGGGAAGGUGUGGGCUUUGCUCUCCUCAAGGACAAGUCCCUGAGAGGAGGAGGAUCCCACCUCAUGUGACAAGGGAGCUGCUCCUUCCCUGCAUCCCGGGUACCAUCCAACCCCCAGCUCCCCACCAGCUUCCCAUGACUGUCACGGCUCCGACGCCGCCCUCGGUGGUUCUCCAAAGUUCUCCGUGGGAUUUCAUCCAUUUUCCAUGUCGUCUGAGUGAUGGUUGUUCUUUUUUAGCAAACUCUGUAGCCCUGAUGAGUUAUUUAAAUAAACUCACCUGUUUGGCCUGGGA